AUGGGAAAGAAUGCUGAGAAAAAGCACGAGGCGCAGCAGUUGCUGCCAAAAAACAACGCGAACGUGAUCGCCAAAUAUCGAGGACGUCUGAAACCACGCCAAUCGCCCGUGUUCCAGAGGAAUGCCUCCGACCCGGAAGAAUUUGAUUUUGAUGCUGGACAAACAUGGAUUUACCCCACCAACCUCCCUGUUCGAGAUUACCAAUUUUCCAUUGUGAAGGAAGCCCUGUUUAAGAACACUUUGGUCGUCCUUCCAACAGGUCUGGGGAAAACGUUCAUUGCUGCUGUGGUUAUGUUCAAUAUUUACCGUUGGUACCCCAAGGGGAAAAUUGUCUUCAUGGCACCCACAAGGCCUCUGGUUGCCCAACAAAUUGAGGCAUGCUUCAAAGUGACUGGAAUACCACAAGAAGAUACAACACAAAUGACAGGAACUAAUGUGUCAGAGCAGAGAAAGCUGAUGUGGCAGAAGAAACGAGUCUUCUUUCUGACUCCACAAGUUCUGGCCAAUGAUUUGGUUCGAAAUAUAUGCCCUGCAGCAAGCAUAAAAUGUGUUGUUGUAGAUGAAGCUCACAAAGCUUUAGGAAACCAUUCCUACUGUCAGGUGAUUCGAGAGUUAUGUUCAUUCACUACCAAUUUUCGAGUGUUGGCACUGACUGCAACUCCAGGAAGUGAAACUCAGUCAGUGAAACAAGUUCUUUCAAACCUCCUAAUUUCGCACGUUGAAAUGCGAACAGAAGACAGUGAGGACGUGAAGCAGUAUUCCCACAUCCGAGAUACGGAGAAAAUAGUUGUUCCCCUGGGAGAAGCACUGAGUAAUUUGAAAGGCAAAUUUCUUGAUAUCAUCCAUAACUAUUUGAAGCGUUUACAGCGUAGAAAUGCAAUGGGUCCCAAGAAUCCAUCGUCCCUGUCGAAAUUCCAGAUGCUUAAGCUCCGAGAAGCUUUCAGCCAGCAACCACCUUCAGCCAUCUCUCGACAUGAAUAUGGUCUCAUUAUGGCAGAUUUCUCACUCUGCAUCAGCCUCUAUCAUGCUUUUGAGCUUCUCUUGCUCCAUGGGACUCGUUCCUUUUAUAACUUUUUAAUUGGUAUUGUAAAUGGGGAAAAAUCUAUACCUCAUGCUCGAUCCGAGCUAUCAAAGAAUUUUUGUUUUGAAGAAGUAAUGCAAGAAAUUAAAGAAAAGUACAUUGGUGACUCUGUAGGGACAUCACAUGUGAGUGCAUUGUUUUUAAGGUUACUUCCAAGUCAUCCAAAAUUAGUAAAAUUACAAGAAAUUGUGCUUGAACAUUUCAGAGUCCUCGAAGCAGAUAAUGUGCAGCAAACAAGGGUUAUGAUCUUUUCCCAGUACAGGGACAGUGUCCAGGAGAUAACAGAGCUACUGAGCAGGCAUGAGCCUGUGAUCAAAGUGAUGAGCUUUCUUGGACAGGCUGCAAAAGUUGGCUCUAGCACUGCUUUCACCCAGAAGCUGCAGCUACAGGUUAUUGAAAAGUUUCGUACAGGAGGCUACAAUACUCUAGUUGCUACCUGUGUGGGAGAAGAAGGUCUGGAUAUUGGAGAAGUGGAUCUGAUAGUGUGUUAUGAUUGUCCAAAAUCCCCCAUUCGACUAGUGCAGCGCAUGGGUCGCACGGGGAGGUUUAGGAAGGGACGAAUCAUUAUUCUGUUAUCAGAAGGCAAAGAAGAGCAGACAUACAAAACAUGUGAGUAUCAGAAGAAGAGCAUUAAUCAGGCCAUCAAGAAGGGGUUCUCAGGUGCCCAGCUGUAUCAAAACAACCCUUCUCUGGUUCCAAAUGGGGUGAAACCCGUCUGCGUGAAGAAGAAUGUGGAGAUUGAGGUGAAGAAGAUACCUACCAAGAAAAAACAAAACAAAGCAACUGCAUACCUGAAUGAAGAAGAAAAAACAGAGUAUGAUGCAUGCUUUAAGGUGCCUCAAAAUGAUCAACCACUACUGCCGUCAUCAGAAAUGGUCUCUUUAAAGCCCCAAAAACAGGUUUUACAGAGUGGUUCUUCUCUUCAUCAGCAAAAUGACUCGCAACUUUCAUUUUCUAAAUGGAUCCUAUGGCAAACAACUCCACAGAGGACUCAUUUCGUUUCACACUCAAGGCAGACGUCCACCCUUGUUGAAAUUAUGGAACUAAUUGAAACAAGUUCAGAAAAUAUUCCAAAGUUCGACUUGUCGCCCAAGAUGUUGGAUAAAUUGUAUCCCACAAAGAAAUGUGGAACAGGAGUAUACAAUGGUUCAAACUCGAAUAAUGUGCCUUUGUAUGACUAUGAAAACAUGUUACUUGAAGAAGACUCAGAUGUUAUUUGUCUAGGGUCUGAACAAAACUCGUUGCUUGAGCAAGAAGUCAUUCAAAGAACAUCUUUCUCUUUGAAUAGUGAGAAAUUCAGCCCCAAAGACAAUUUACUGAAAAGAUUAUUUGUAUUCGACAGUUUAGAGGCUUGUGAAGCAAUUUCUUUCGACCUAGAUUUUGAUUUUCCGGAUGAAAUCUUAGAGUCUUCUAAAGUUCCUAAUUUUGAUCAUGGAAAGACUGCAACUUCACCAUCAUGCCUAGCAAGAGAAACCAAGACACCUCAGGUGGAUAAUACUUUGAAAACCAAUAAUUCAAAAGAUGUUUCAACAAUCCUAAAGCAGUUUUCAAGCUCAAAACAAGAUAAUUCACCCAAUCUUGAUACCUCUUUUUCCCAAACCUUAAAAGUUAAAAAAGUUGUUAUGGAAAAUGAUGUUGUGUGCACUAGCUCCUUCAGAGCAGAAAAGAAUCAAGAUUUUUGUGUCAAUGAGUUUGACAAUCCCAAAAGUUCUGAAAUAAAUAUUUUUUCUAGUACAAAUCCAUACAAAUCAGCUUUUGGUUCUUCAUUUAAUAAUGAUUGUAAGAAAAGGACGUUAAAUACUUCUGUUGGCGCUACCCAGUGUACAUUAACUCAAUUAGUGGACAUGAUUAACAGCACUGGCCAUUUAGAGAAAAAUAACCAAAUAUUGGAGAGUGAAGCACUUUCUGAAAGUCCAAAGUCAAAUGCUCCUAGUAGUUCUGAUGAUGAAAUAGCUCCCACUCCACCUAAAAAUAGUCAAAAGUUACAACGAAUCAUCAAAAGUGUCCCUAACUUUGACUGUAGGCAUCUUUUAAAGAGGUCGACAUCCGUAUCGGAAUGUUCUUCUAAAGAUGAAAAGCCUCAAAAAUCCGAAACUGAAGUUGGUCAUGGUUCUCUUCCUCAACUCCCUUCAGUCUUUGAAUGUAACAAUGAUGAAAAAUUUUCAAACAAUGAGCAGGAUAAGCUACCAGCCAUAAAAGAAGCAGAUCUGGGGGCAACACAAAAGUUAGAGUUUGAUAUCUCGUUUGACUUUUUCACCUCACCUCUUCCUUCAGAGGCAGAUUGUCUUCAGGAGAACAUUUGUGAUAACACAAAAUCUGAAGUAUUUCCACAAACAUUUCAUAAAUCAGAAUUGCAGUGCCUUAAUGAGCCAAAUGUAAUGAGUCCAGAAAGUAAUGAUAAUACAACUAUUAGACCUGGUGUUGUUCAACAAGUAAGAAAAGAGGAAUCAUUGCGUGCUCUAUCCACAGAAGACAAUUCUCCAGAAGUUCCAAAUGCUUUUCCAGAGUCUGAUGCCGAAGAAUAUAAUUUGGACAAUUUACCUUCACAAAGCAUUUUGCAGUCUUCUACAAUAGGUAGUCCAGUCAAAAAUUGUUUCCCUAAAAGGAAUUUGUCUCGGGAAAAUAUUCUUGAUGACAGCUUAUUUAAAGUACCAGAGCCAAGAGCCUUUCUGGCCUCCUCAAGGAUUUGCAAGGAUUCUGUGUCGAGUGUAACUAAUAACAUUAAAGAAUUGGUGCCAGACAUUCCUUCUAGUUCUAAAAGAAGGUUCAUCGACAACGAUGAUUCAGAUGAUGAUUUCCAGUUCGUGAAAAAGUUGAAAACAACCAGCUCAAAAAGUGAUGAUAGUCAUAGUGACAAAAAAGUCAAUUCAAAAAGUGCCAAAAGUAAAAAGAGGAAGAGGAAUAAGUUUCUUCUCACUCAGGCUGAUGUUUCGGAGCCAGACAGUUCUGAGGAAGAAUUCAGUGCAAAUGAAGACAUGUUAGAUGACAGUUUUAUAGAUGAUGGUACACUUUCCCAACAAAAUGAUACUGAUCAACAUGCUUUGUAUCUGAGGUCAAUAAAAGGUUUUGCUGGCUUGCCGCAAAAUUAUAAACUAAAAUUUCUUGAACCUCGAAAUGACAGUGGUGCUACAGAAACUAUUUAUGACGACUCCAACUAUGAGUUUGAUAGCUUUUGCGUUGGCGAUAAUGAUGUUGAAUAUCUUAGUUCUGAGAAUGACAAAACACCUGAAAGAAGAAAGACUGGUAUGAAAAGAUUUAAACGUAUUCGUACAAUGGACUCUAGCAGCUCAAAUGAUGAAACAUCUCCGAAGAAAAGUUUUAAACUUACCGGUGGUGAGGAACGGUGUUUUAAUGAUGAUAGUGUGACAAGUAAAAAUAUUUCAAACACAUUAAGAAGAUCAGCAAAAGGUGCAGAAAACCCUCAAGAAAAUUCUGUGAACAAAGCAAUGGAAAAAUGCAUUUACAGUGAAAAAUUUUCAUCAAAAUUAGCAAGGAAGGUGUUUCUGAAUAAAACUGCUGCGGUUGUCCGCAAUAAUACAGCGCCUCAGAAUGCCGCAGCUUCCAACAUGUUUCCUGAUUACUGCCGAAAUAUUCAAAACAAUGUAACAUAUAAUGACAACCAUUCCAUUCCUCCAGAAUUUGCAGAUGAAGUAAUGUGUUUUGAUUUAGAAAAUUUAGAUGAGAAUUUAUCUGAAUUUGAAGGUAUUGAGAGUUUUGGCGCUGAAAAAAACAAUCAGGAAGAGCGAAAAUUUGCAAUGGAUAAGAUAAAUGUAAAUGAAGAUGUUCCCCAUAAAGAUUCAGAUGAAGUAAUGUGCUUUGAUUUGGAGAAUUUGUCUGAGUUUGAAGAUAUUGAGCACUUUGCCAUUGAGAAAAACAAACAAGGGAAAAGAGAAAUAUCAAAAAAUCAGAUCAACGUCAAAUCCAGCAAAAAAAAACUCUUCAGUGAAGAUGCUCUUCAUAAAGAUACUGAUGAAGUAAUGUGCUUUGAUUUAGAAAACUUUGAUGAGAAUAUAUUGGAUUUAAGAAAUAGUGAAAGUUUUGGUACUGAAAGAAACCAACAAUUGGAAAAAGAAGCUCCUGUCAAAUUCACUGAAAAAGAGAAGUGUGGAGGUGUAGUUCAUAAAGACGACAGUGAAGCAAACAAAAGAAACCCAAACUCUGCCCUUGAAAAUUGCAAUGAAGUUCCUUUUGACGAUGUGUGGAAUCAUCCAGCUAGUUUUUGCUUUGGAUUUGAUGAAGCUGCUGACAGUGCUGUGGCUUCGAAGAGUACCACUGAAAGUAAAAAUAAUCCCCGAAACAUUCCAAUUCUCGUUGAUUCUCGUGAACUCGCUUCCGGUAAACCAGUCAUUUCCCUCUUGAGGAAUAAAUUCGGAAUCAAUCCAGUGGUGAUGCACUUAACUUCCGCUGAUUACGUAAUCAGCAGCAGACUGGCCAUCGAAAGGGUUCUCGAUUCAGAAUUUUUGAAUCAGCAAAUGCCGCCGAGGAUCAUUGAGAAAAUUAAGAUCAUGCAAGAGAUGUACGAGAAAAUAACUGUCGUCAUCGAAAAAGAUAACCGCAAGCAGAGGUUGAGCUUCAGCAAGAAUGACACUAAAUACCUCAGCUUUUCUCUGAAUGUUUGUUGGCACGAGAACACAAACAUCUUGUGUUCCAUUUCACCUGAACACACCGCCGAGUUGCUGUUCAGCCUUGUCCAGAAAGAAAUGAAAAGGAAUCUCCACAUUAGCGUGCCGACUGUAAUAAACUCCCGUAAUCAAGACCUUUAUAACUUUUAUUCCAGUUUUCCUCUAGUCAGUCCCAUCUGUGCCUUCAACUUCAUGUACAAUUUUCCUGUUUUAAGAAUGUUUUUUGAGAGCUCUGCUCACGAAAUCAAGAAAGCUGGUUUGAUAUCAAGCAAAAGAGCUUUGAAAAUCUUUAAUUAUUUAAGGAGUGAGUACUUCCAUAUUGAUUCCUAAUUAUUGGUAUCAAAAAUGUGAAAUUCAAAUGAAACAAUCAAGAUAAUGCAUUAGAAA